CGCACGUUUUGAUCACAUGAAUUUACCUUUAUAUUCUUUCUCUGCAUUUUGUUUUUGCCUUUCUAAAUAAUGGCUUCCUCUGAUACAUGCAGUGAAAAGACUUCAAAGACUCUUUUCCAUCAARUAAACUUGGGCGAGACAGAACCAUGYACCGUSAAUGAAACAGCUCACUGCCAAGAAGUCUUGAAGGGCCUGCAUCAGCAGUUUAAAGAUGARAGAUUUUGCGAUGUUACGCUAGUAUUCGGACAAAUUGAAAUCAAAGCCCACAAGGUUGUCCUUGCGUCUUCGUCACAGUAUUUCGAGGCAAUGUUUUCAGCWAAUUUUGUAGAUUCUACGCAGCAAAGAUUGGAGAUUAAUGGCGUUGGAGAAAGCGUUGGCGAGGCACUUCUUGAAUUUGCUUACUCAGGAAAAAUCCAAAUAACUGCUGAAAAUGUCAUAGAGCUUUUAGCUGGAGCGAAUUUUCUGCAAGGCUUCCAAGUCGUGGAGAAGUCUUGCGUUGAUUUUCUCAAGAAAUAUUUAGGAAAGCAUAACACAUUUCAACUUCUCGAAGUUGCAGAUCAUUAUCAUCAAACGGAAUUAAUGAAGACUUUGAAAGAAUUUUGCUUUCAUAAUUUUGUAGAGUGUGUUGAGAAUGACCAUGAAGCAUUUCUGAAUCUCCAUGAAGACUUGCUCAAAGACAUUAUCGGCGACCAGGAGUUGGUUGUUUUCAAAGAUGGAGUWGUUUUUCUUGGMAAAAGYCAGGAAGAAUAUCUCCUAAAGCUUGUUUUAGAAUACCUUGAACACAACAAAAACCAAGACAUCAAUACACCAGAGAUUUUAAAGUGCAUCCAUCUUCCAUUACUUAAGAAACCUUUUUUGCACACYUUGAAGACAAAUCCAUUAUUGACAAGCAAAGACUGUCUUGCAGUUCUUGAAGAAGCGAUAACGAUGAAGAAAACAAAGAAGUCAAAGCCCACGCCAGACUGGGCAAAGCGGAGAGCCUGUGGAGAGUACCAGUUCUGGAAAGGACGUUGCRUUGCACGUGGAGAGCACGUGAGCAAUGAAAUUGAGUCCUUUGAGGACAUGGGAUCCAUUGCRGAGGAUGCAYAUGUUUGCGGUAUGAAGUUUUGGAUUCGYCGAUGGGACGGUCGUCCYGUCAUUGGUGGAAUCGAAGUCCGUUAUAGUGAUGGCAACACCAUUAUGCAUGGAAGCARCAARGCAACAGAUCAAGAAGAAUUCAGUCUUGGACCCACUGARCGAAUCAUUAAAGUAGAUUCCCAAAGUGGUUGGAUGGUKGAYUGUCUUGCAUUCUACACCAACAAAGAAAGGAAGCUGGGGCCCUUUGGGGGACCYGGUGGGGGCUUUCGGCAUGAGACACCUCCAGGUUCCUAUGGUUACCUAGCUAGUGUUAACGGAACUGUUGUUGACACGCAGAAUGAUCUUGGUAUAACAAAGCUUCAGUUCGUCUGGAGGGUAUUCAGAAUGCCAAAACAGCCAUUAAUUCCCGACUAUCAAUACCCAGAGCCGAURUUUGGAAAUUCAUCUGAUGAYGAUGAUGACAUAUAUGAUGACAUGUAYGAUGAUGAUGCCAAUGCCUACUUUGAUGAUUUCUAYGAUGCUGAAAGUGACUUUGAUCCUGACGAUCUUGAUUAUUGGGAAGAUGAUCUUGAGGAUGGUGCUGCAGGAUUUGGGAAUGACUGGCGAAUACAUGUGCAUGUUGCAGGCAGUUCUGAUAUGGGUUCAGAUAAUGCACAUGACAAUCUAGAUAAAGAAGUUGAUUGAUUGAUUCGCUGAUGGAAUUUAAUUCAAAAGGYUUUUUGUUGUAGAUUUGUUAAAUUGAGAAUAGUGUCCAAGUACAUGCAUUUGAUAACACUAUCAAACAGCUCAUUUAAUGAUAAAAUAACAUGGUUAAAAGGUUAAAUAGUUAUUGGUUAUUAGGGAAAUAUCAACUCAAAGCCUUGAUCAUUGUAAAAUCAUUCAUCUCAAGUUUUCUUUGAAGUGACCUAGCUCAAGUACCAUGUAAGAUAUUAGACUAGGAUAGCCCAAAAUAAUUAUUGGAAUGGAAUAGUGUUUAUUAUUGCUCAUAGCGUUCUCACUGAGUUUACAUACAAAUUAUAUGAAUAAAAGUGCAGGGUUUAACAACUA